UUAUUUAUUUCCAGUUCAACUGGUGGGAUUCCUCACGCAGAUGCAUGGCCAUGGGAGCCCAGUUGGCUCACAUCGACAGCGAAGCGGAACUUAACGCGAUCUCCACCUAUCUUAAUCAAUUGGGAUUCUCCAAGGAUGAGGGCAUAUGGUUCUCGGGCUUUGGCAUCAAAUCAGGAGCCUGGAUCUCUAUUGCCAACUCUGAGAUCCUGUCUUACUUCAAAUGGGGUCAAAAUGAGCCGAAUGACUACGCCAGCAGCGAGAACUGCCUAGGCAUCAAGGUCAACAGUGGCAACUGGUUUAUGAAUGACAUCAGCUGCUUCCUGGAGCACUCGUACUUGUGCGAAAGUGUUAAAUAAAAUUCGCUUUUUCCUUUUCCAAA